UUAGGGACAAAAUGAUUGAGUCAUGUUCUUGGUUUAUUCUCUUCUUGUUUGAAAUCAGAUCAUGUGAGGAGUGACUUUUACUCUUUUGGAGUGGUACCCGUGGUUGAAGACUGGUGACUAUAGUAGCCGGUCUGUUGUUUCAUUGCACCAACCGGGCUGGAUGUCCGUGCGUGACUCACAGGCUGAGCCACCUAAAUCUGGAUGAGGGUACAUCCAAUAAUCAUUUUGCUCUGUGAAAUAGGUUACCAAACACUAAUCAUCCCUGAAAUUGAUGUAUUGUUAUUGUGUAAUAAUAUGCAUAACAAUCUUAUCCCGUUGACUAUGCUGAUUUCUUUUUUUUACCUAAAAUGCAAGAAGGAACUGAUCAAAAGAUCUGGCUAAUUCAUUUCCAUAAAAAUUCCGUCCAUCGAUCGAACCCCUCAUGGUUCACUUCAGACAUCGUGUACGUCAACCGGCUGAGAACGGAAUGCAGCCCAGGUGUUGUUGCUAACACCCAGGUCUAAUCCCUCGUCGGCCACCGGGAUUAGAGGGACACUAUCAUUAAAGCUGCCUCCUUCUUCAAUGAGAUGGCCGCGCACACCUCGGUCCAUGCAGGAGAGGAACCGGCCUGAGGAGGCACGCGCAGACCCUGGGGGCUGGCGAGUCAAGCGGCCUGGGGCUGGCACGACCGUGGGGCUGGAAAGCCGUUCUCCAGAGGGGAUUAGCGUCACAUGGUUCCACUCCUGGCCGCGGGGAGCGGAGAGCUGCAUGCUUAUUUUCUAUUUGAAUAACUUGAGGUGUAUGAGGGUCUGGUCUUGUGUUAGUGACGGUGCCUCCGGGCUCAGACCACGGAGGUGAUGGGUCUCGCAGCGACCCGGGUUCGAUGUCACCGGUGGUCUGAUGCUAUUAGUAAUUCCCUGUCUUCUUUGACCCACUGUCCUCCUCACAAAGACAUGAAAAGAUCCUACAAAUAUAUUAAAAAAAUGAUACAUUAAGAUAUUAUUGUGAUUGUUUUAUACAAUGGAAAAGGUUAUCUUUGCAUUUAUUUUGUUCCGACAGAGUAAGAACCCAAUCUUUAAUUUUGUACUGAACUCUUGCCCUUAAAUUUAAUUUUUUUGAACAGCAGCUGAAAUGUGUUUUUACAACAAGAAAUGUAAACUAACAAAUGUACUUUGCAAAUGCUAGUUAUCCCCUUGUGUGUUUUCCUUUCUUUAUACAGAAACCGUGCAUCUGAUCUGUUUCUGACACCUUCAUCCUGUGUACGGCCUAAUCCCGUUCCUCUCUCCCAGAUAAACAAAGUGACGUUCGGUAAAAUCAAGGAAAACAAAGACAACAAGACGCGGAGCCCCUCCCCAGACUGCCCCAACAGCUCCGCCAAGGGCCGGGCGGCCAUCGUGUUCUCCCUGAAGAACGAGGUCGGGGGCCUGGUGAAGGCGCUCAAACUGUUCCAAGACAAACACGUCAACCUGGUCCACAUCGAGUCCCGCAAAUCCAAGCGCAGGAAUUCAGACUUUGAGAUCUUUGUGGAUUGCGACAGCAACAACGAGCAGCUCAAGGAGCUGACCCACUUACUGCGGAAACACACCAACAUUGUUGAGAUGGACCCGCCGGACGAAAGCGCCGUGCUGGAGGAAGAAACAGAGGACAUCCCCUGGUUCCCCCAGAAGAUCUCCGAUCUGGAUCUGUGUGCCAACCGGGUGCUGAUGUACGGAUCCGAGCUGGAUGCAGACCACCCGGGUUUCAAAGACAAUCUGUAUCGUCAGCGGCGGAAAUUUUUCGCUGAUCUGGCCAUGUGCUACAAACACGGAGAACCGAUCCCGCGCAUCGAGUUCACGGAGGAGGAGGUGCGGACGUGGGGGGUGGUGUUCAGGGAGCUCAACAAACUGUACCCCAGCCACGCCUGCAGAGAGUACCUGAAGAACCUCCCCCUGCUGACCAAGUACUGCAACUACAGGGAGGACAACAUCCCCCAGCUCGAGGACAUCUCCCGCUUCCUCAAGGAGCGCUCGGGGUUCACCAUCCGGCCGGUGGCGGGGUACCUCUCCCCCAGGGACUUCCUGGCCGGCCUGGCCUUCAGGGUCUUCCACUGCACCCAGUACGUCCGGCACAGCUCGGACCCCCUGUACACCCCGGAGCCAGACACGUGCCAUGAGCUGCUGGGCCACGUCCCCCUGCUGGCCGAGCCGAGCUUCGCCCAGUUCUCCCAGGAGAUCGGACUGGCCUCACUGGGGGCCUCUGACGAGGCUGUGCAGAAACUGGCCACGUGUUACUUCUUCACGGUGGAGUUCGGUCUCUGUAAACAGGAAGGCAGGCUGAGGGCGUACGGCGCCGGCCUGCUGUCCUCCAUCAGCGAGCUGAAGCAUGCGCUCUCUGAAAACGCUCACAUCCUGACCUUCGACCCCGCGGUGACCUGCAACCAGGAGUGCAUCAUCACCACCUUCCAAGACGUGUACUUUGUGUCCGAGAGCUUUGAGGAGGCAAAGGCUAAGAUGAGGGAGUUUGCCAAGACGAUCCGUCGUCCAUUCACUGUGCGCUACAACCCGUACACGCAGAGCGUGGACGUGCUGAAGGACACCAGCAGCAUCACCUCCGUGGUGGAGGACCUCCGGCACGAGCUGGACAUCGUGGGCGACGCCCUGAACCGCCUCUCAGUGCACCACGGGGUCUGA